CUCGUUCGUUUUAAAUAUUGUUGACUGCAUUUUCACCAGGAAAUUGCAUUUUACUGCCACCACGUUUUCUUCAUUACAGACUUCAACACCGUUUGUCUAUUAACCAAUUUAUAUAGACACAUCAGAAAUGCCAGUAAACGAAGAAGAUACCUCUGAAAACUUUGUUACUCUUAAGGUUUGUGGCGCGUAUGACGAUGCUUUACCUAUUAGACAUUUCAAAAUAAAGAAACAUAUUCGUUUAAGAAAGCUCAUGAGAAUUUAUUGUGAAGAAGCUGGUUUGCCUAACCCGGAUGAAGCAAUAUUCCAAACUUUUGCAGGUCGUAUUUGUGAAGAUGAUACUCCUACAUCACUCGAAAUGGAACAAGGUGAUACCAUUUACGUCAUUGAAUCGCCAAAUCUCUCUCUCUCUAGCCGAAACAAAGUCACUAAAAAUGACAAAAAAUCUAAUUCUAAUAACAAAAAACAAGAAGAGGAAAACCAGGUGUAUGUCGUUGAAAAGGUUUUAGAUAAAUGUGUAAGGCAUGGCAAGGUGGUAUACUUUCUCAAAUGGAAAGGUUUCAGUGAUUCGGAAAAUUCUUGGGAACCUAUUGAAAAUCUUAAUUGUGAUGACUUGAUCAACAUUUUUGAACGUGAAAGAAAAAGCAAGACAUCGAAUUCAAUUGAUUUAGAAUCUUCUGAUGAGUCUGACAAUAAAAAUACUGAGGAGCAGAAAGUAGCAGAAAAAGUUGUGGCUGUUGAUAAACUGCAUGGCCAGAUUGUAUAUAAUAUUAAAUUUAAAGGAAUUAAAGAACCUGUGGUAGUAAAAAAUAAUACUGCUGAACAAUUAUACUCAAAACUCAUUAUCAAAUACUAUGAAAGUUAUUUGUUUAAAUAA